UCAGACCUCUCUCACUCGCUGACCACUCACUCCCUCGCUCUAUCUACCUUCCUUUAGAGCUCUCCUAUUUCGUCUCACUCUCUUUCCCAACCAGGAUCCACGGUCCCAACCUCCUUCUGCAGGAAAUGGCUGCCAAACGGCAAAUGGGCUUCAGGUGUCGUCUCGUGGUGGUGUUGCUUCUCCUCCUGGGCAGUAUUGCUGCUAUUAUUGCAGUCGCGGUUAUCCAGGACACGUGGAGGUUUCAAGAAUACAACACGGAGUACGGCAUAGUGAUAGACUCCGGGUCGUCCCGUUCCACCGUGUACCUGUAUGAGUGGCCGGGGGAGAAAAAGAAUGAAACAGGAGUGGUGAAAGAGGUACUGCACUGCAGAGUUGCUGGUAAUGGCAUCUCAGAUAUGGGGGUUGACCCAGUGAAAGAUGCUGCAUCAUGGAAAGGCUUCAAAGCCUGCAUGGUCAACGUCACCGAAAACAUUCCUCCUGAAAAACACAACAAAACACCCCUCUUCCUGGGAGCUACUGCUGGAAUGAGACUGCUGCAGAUGGAGGAUGAAAAGAGGUCCAAUGAGGUCUUGGCAAACCUCAGAAAAUACCUGGGCUCUCUGCCCUUCAUGUUCCAAAAUGCCUCCAUAAUCUCUGGACAGGAAGAAGGGCUGUAUGGGUGGAUCACUGUCAACUACCUCAUGGGAAACUUCCUGGAGAGGCACCUGUGGAACACACAUGUUAAUCCUCAUGGGGCAGAGACAGUGGGGUCCAUGGACCUUGGUGGAGCUUCCACCCAAAUUGCCUUUGCAGUCCAAGAAGACCUCCGGGGGGAUGAUUACUUGCAGGUCCGGCUCUAUGGCUAUCCUUACAAUGUCUACACACACAGUUUCCUCUGCUAUGGCAAGAAUGAGAUGGACAAACGGAUUCAGGACAAAGUAAUCAAGCAAUCCCAGAACCGGACCUACGUUUACAAUCCCUGCUAUGCUGAAGGUUACAACACCACCACAAAGGCAUCAGUCAUCUACAAUUCUCAGUGCACACAGAAGCCAGAGGACUACAACCCAGACCAGGACAUUGUCAUGGUGGGAGACCCAGACGCAGACAAGUGCGUGAGGAUCGUGAGGUCCCUGUUUGAUUUCAAGAAUUGCUCCAGUGCCAGCUGCUCCUUCAACGGAGUUGAGCAACCACCAGUCACAGGAGACUUUAUGGCAUACGCUGGAUUCUACUACAUUGCCAGGGCUAUGCUGCUCAGUGACACGAGUGUGGAUGCAUUCAAAUCAGAGCUGGAUGAAUUCAAGUCUGCAGUAGAGAAAUUCUGCCAAACACACUGGACGGUGCUGACGAAAGAGAAGCACUGGGUGUCUGAGCGGCACCUGAAGACUUACUGCUACACAGGCCACUAUGUGCUCACCCUGCUGGCCAAUGGAUACAAGUUUGACACAGACACGUGGAAAAACAUUGCCUUCCAGAGACAGGUGAAGGACACCAGUGUGGGCUGGAGUUUGGGCUACAUGCUCAGUAUGUCCAACAUGAUCCCAUCUGAGGCCAGAGACGUCACCCCCAUGGCGAGCAGCGUCUUCGCCGGCCUCAUCUUCCUAUUUUCAGCUCUGACCAUUGUAACCAUGGUCUUACUCCUCAUCAUGUUCGUUCGCACCUGUUACUGAGCGGGUUAAACGUCUACUUUUAAACCAAACGGAGUCAUUCUAAACGUUCCACCCAUGCUGUAGUACAGUUGGUACUUGUAAAGUGCUACAGCUGCCUGCGCCCAGGUAAUCCUACACAAAGCAAGACAGGAAUGUGUUUGUAUAUUUGAGCCUGAGCCAUUUACUUGCUUCCUAUGCCAAUGAUGAGAACCAAAAACCAGUUACAUAAAUUCAGAGAUGGAAAAUAAGUUUAUUUACUCAAGCACUGUACUUAAAUUGAGCUCAGGAUUUUACGCAGACAGCAGUAUUUGUUGGUCUACACGUGUGUAAUACAUCCACCAAUUCUGGUUCAUUAACUCCUUCCCAAGAAGAAAGAGCGCUUCAGUGGGAGUGUACUCCUCCAAAAUGAGUGAAGUAAACAGAGACCAGAAAACAACACAAUUUUGAGAGGUGGCACAAAGCUCAAAAAAUCUUUUGAAGUAUGCACAAUAGCCCAUAUUUGUUUUGGUUUCACUUAAGCAUUCUUUUUUUAAGAGUGUCCAAAAUGGUGCAGCUAUUUUAAGGUAGAAAACAGAUAUUGACCAACAAAUACCAGUAAAUGUGUACAAUGCUGAAGUAUCACUUUUUUAAAAAACUGAGGUGUAGGCACUUUACUUGAGUUUCUCCACUUGGUGAGGCUACAUUUCAGAGGGAAAUGCUAAGCUUUUCACUCCAUUUUUUGCUCCAUUAUGACAGCACCACUUUCAUUUAAGUCAAGGAUUUGAGUAGUUUUCCACCAUAAAAGCUGGAGCGGCCAGAAAUCCUGUUUGGGUUUUUGAGUUGACGACCUGGCUUCAGAAUUGAGACUCAGUUACCGCGUUGUGACACUGAAAGGAACCAGACAGAUUCCUAACAACUGGAAAACAAUUGACUCAGGUCUUUUUUCACAUUAUGCAAUAUCCUCCACUAGAGGGAGAAAUAGCAAAGACACGAUGUACAUAUUCUGAAAAGGCUCCAAGAAACAU